AUGGAUACAGAGAAGAUUGCUGUGAGGAAGAGAGGACAGAAGAAGAGGAGACACAUUUCUGACUCAUCGGCUGAUGAGCAGAAGAAGAUGGAGGAAGAAGAGGAGAUUGCUGUGAGGAAGAGAGGACAGAAGAAGAGGAGACACAUUUCUGACUCAUCGGCUGAUGAGCAGAAGAAGAUGGAGGAAGAAGAGGAGAUUAUCAUCAGGAGGAAAGGAGGGAAGAAGCAACGUACCAUCCUGACCUCAGCUGAUGAAGACAAGGAGACACCCAAGAGGAGCAAGAAGAGGAUAACAUCCAGCUCCUCUGAGAAGAUGUCUCCUAUUCAACCCAUCAUUCCAGUGGAUGAAGAUGUGACUAAACAGCCAAAAUGCGGCAAGAAGAGAAAACUCAUCAUCUCUUCAAAAGAUGGAAAGAAGUCACGGAUCAAGAAAGAAGAUGAUGUCCCGAAGAAAGAAGACCAGCAGGAGGACCAGGGAGUCUCAGUCGAGGACAGCGGUGUUCGGCCAACCUGCUCUAGAAGCACAAUCUCCAAUACCAUCAGGGAGAGAUUAAUUUUCCAUCAUGUGCUCGGGGAGGGAAGUUAUGGUAAGGUCGUCUUGGCGGAGGAUACUUCUAACCAUCAGAAGUUUGCUGUUAAGAUCAGCAGCAAGAGAACCAUGCUUGCCGACUGCGAUGAGGCGGAUGUGUUGGUGGAGCACCGAGUCUUACAGCUGGCAUCUGGGAGCCCCUUCCUUGUCCACGCGGAAUUUGCAUUCCAGACCAAGAUGCUUGUUCUACUUGGUCUGGAAUACAUGAGCUGCGGGGACUUUGAUCAGUUCCUACGGAUGAAGGGGCGGCUUGACAUCCCCAGUGCAAGAUUCUAUGCCGCUGAGCUCGUGUGUGGCAUCCAAUAUCUCCAUUCUAAGGGCAUCAUCCACAGAGACCUCAAGCCCGAGAACAUCCUGGUGGCUGAGACGGGCCAUAUUAAGAUCACGGAUUUCGGUCUCGCACUUGAGAACAUGCUUGGAGACCGCACAGCCACCGAAUAUGCUGGAACAAAAGGCUACGUGGCUCCUGAGAUGCGGGCUGAGGAGGAGUAUGGCGUCGGAGUGGACUGGUAUUCAUUUGGUGUCAUCUUAAAUGAAAUGAUUACCAGUCAGGGCAGAACACGCUCCGGCGCUAAAGACAUCAUUAAAAAGCUCCUCCUGAGAGAUCCUGCCAAGCGCUUAGGAGUCCACGGUAACAUCAGAGGCCACCAUUUCUUCCAGCAUAUUGACUGGGUCUCAGUGGAAGCCCUUCAGAUGCCACCACCACACAUCCCUGUACCAUCUAUACCUCAAAGCUGUUCCACACAUUUCAACCUGGACGAAAUGGAGGCAGCAGCGGCCAAGAAGCGACGAUUGCCACUGAAACAUCAGGCCAUUUUCAGAGGGUUGUCAUUUAACACCCAGUAAACCCUCCACCAGCUCUAAUGUCACCAGAGCAAAAUGUCCUCCUGAGCCCCUGGAGAAGAUCCAUGGAUGGACAGAAGAAAAGAUCCAGUAUGAAGACAAUAACAGGUAAGGGAAGACUGGAUCCUGGAAGCCCUCCCUGCGAUUGGACUGAAGGAAAACAUCUUGAAGACAUCUUGACGACAGAGGACACUGAUCCUGGAGCCGAUCCCACCGGAUGAUGUGUACGGGCAUUUGAUCCAGGGACUAUUUUCCCACUGCUUUAUUUGCAGUCUGGAAGGAGUGUUUUUCCCCUUAGAUUAGGACAGAUUGGCAGAUGUCAUAAAGGGGUUUUUUCUCUCCUUCUUCUGGAUCAACACAGUUGCCCUCCCCCAAUUCAGCCAUUCACCUAAUUCAAAGUACAAUUUGGCCAACCCCUUGCGGACAGAUUAUUUAGUCAUUGAUUCUGGGACUAAUCUGACUGCCAUGCGUGGAGUCGGGAAGGAAUUUUUCCUCAUUACAGGCUGAUGGCUGAGGCUCAGUGAGGUUUUUUCGCCUUCCUCUGGAUUAAUAAUAUCUGAUCCAGGGAAAUCGUCUGACUGCCCUAAGCGGAGUCGGGAAGGAAUUUUUCCCCCUACAGGGGGUUUUUUCGCCUUCCCCUGAAUCAAUAAAAGUCAAUGGAUGUAACUUAUCCUCGACUUCGAUUUGCAAUUUACACCAAAACUUCAGUCCCAUCAUUAAUAAGAUUAUAAAUUAAAUAAAAUUCUCCA